ACAGGAUCCACGCCAAAUUUAUUUUCUCGUUCGUCUAUAUAACAAACAAACCUUUCAACACCUUUCUCCGAUAUAUUCCAAUAAAGUCCACGACACAGGAUUAUCGAAAGAAUUCAGUUAUUCUCUCAGACAAAAAUCGACUGGGAACCACAAUCAUGGCCAUCUCACCAUCAACCGACGAGCCACCGCUCACAGGCGCCUCUCUCGCUCGCGAUGUCUUUGAAGACAUGGGUCGACAGGUGGACCACAUCGACGACGACGUCGACCAAAAGGUCGUUGACGAAAUUGAGAGUUUAUGCAUGAACUGCCACGAAGACGGCAUCACAAAGUUGCUCCUCACCAGGAUACCGUUCUUCCGGGAAAUUAUCAUCAUGUCGUUCCACUGCGCCAAAUGCGGUUUCCAAAACAACGAAAUCCAGUCGGCGGGAGAGAUUCAAGAGAAAGGAGCCAAGUAUGCUCUUCGGAUAGACAAAGAGGAGGAUCUCCAGAGACAAGUGGUCAAAAGUGACAUCUGCACAUUCCGCAUCGAGGACAUCGACUUGGAAAUCCCUGCUGGGAAGGGACAAUAUACCAAUGUCGAGGGUGUCAUCAGCGCUGUCAAGGCCGAUCUUGAGAGUCACCAAGCGGCGCGAAUGGAACAAAUGCCUGAGGUUGGCCAAAAGGUCGCAGGCAUCAUCAGCGUUCUCGGCGACAUGCUCGAAGGUCAACGAUAUCCUUUCAUGAUCUCCAUCGACGACUACAGCGGGAACAGCUCGAUCGAGCCUCGACCAGGCGAUGCAGCCGGUAAAUGGGCCAAGAGCGAAUACAACCGAACACCCGCUCAGAACGCCCAACUCGGCCUCGGAGACGGCGAAGAGCAACAGCCGGUCGCAAGUGAAGAGACCGGCGCACCCGCGACCGAGAUCCGCCCCGAGUACCGCGCCACCGGCUUCGAGGGCGCCGACCAGACCCGACAGACCAACAACGUCGACGACGAAGACAUCAUCGAAAACCAAGUCUACAGCUUCCCCUCGUCCUGCCCAGGCUGCACGCGGCCUUGCGCGACCAACAUGAAGAUGGUGAAAAUCCCGUACUUCAAAGAAGUCGUGCUCAUGGCGACGAUCUGCGACAGCUGCGGCUACCGCAGCAACGAGGUCAAAACCGGCGGCGUGGUCCCCGAAAAGGGCCGCAAGAUCACACUUCGCGUCACCAACGACAUCGAUCUCGCCCGCGAUCUCCUCAAGUCCGAAACCGCCGCCUUCUCCUGCCCGGAGCUCGACCUGCACGUGGAACCCGGCACUAUGGGCGGCCGUUUCACGACGGUCGAGGGCAUCAUGACCCAGAUCCGACGGGACCUGCGGGCGCAAGCCUUCGGGCUGAGCGACGGCGACGCGGAGAGGCCGGCCGAGGGCGGCGACGGCAUGCUGGACGAGAGCAAGCAGCGGUGGGAGAAGUUCUUCGCCAACCUGACCGACGCCAUCGAGGGCAAGCGCGAGUUCACCCUCAUCCUGGAGGACCCCCUCGCCGGCUCGUACGUGCAGAGCCUGACGGCGCCGGAGCCGGAUCCAAAGUUGGACAUCGUCGACUAUGUCCGCACCGACGAGGAGGAGGAGGACCUCGGCUUGAGGGACAUCCGGACCGAGGGCUACGAGGAGGACGCGGAGAAUGAGAGGCUCGAGAGGGUCGCGGCUGCGGCUGAUGCCGCUGCUGAGGAGAAGAGGGAGGAGACGAAGCAGGAGGCGUGAGUGUGUGUGUGUGUGUGUGUGUGUGAGAGAGAGAGAGAGAGGAUGAGAUUGUCUUUUACUGGCGUGUGGACUUCUUUAUGGGGAUCUAUGACGAUGAUGGUGAUGGUGAUGAUCGCGGUUUCGGACGUAGAGGGUCGAGGCUAUGGGCAGAUUAUGUGAAUGACGGCUCAUGAUAAAUUUUGUGGUGUUGCUCCAGUCCACCCCAG